AUGUGCAACGGCCGUCCCGAGGGCAUGGUCCCGUUCUAUGUUCCUUGCGGUGACAUCCCACCUCCUACGACCACGCCGGCUCCCACCCUGGCACCAGCUGAAACCACCACGUCAGCCAACGGCGUGCAGCUGUGCAACAAUGGUGCCCCCGAUGGCAUCCCCCAUUGGGUGCCCUGUUCGCCCGGUGGUGGGUCCCCUGCCACAGAGUCGCCGUCGCCCACGCCUACCGAAGCUCCAGCGCCACCCGAGACAACCACCCAAAGCUCCAAGGAGCCCAUCUACUUCUGUACCAUUGGUGGCGUCAACCACGACAUCGUGAUACCGUGCGGCAAGGGUGGCCCGGGGGCGGGAGAGUACACCCCUCCUGCAGGACUCAACGCAGCACCAUCCAAUGCCACCAUCAAGACAGCAGCCGUCACUAACUCGACGACGUCCGUCCAAGUCGUGCCCACCACCCCAACGCCCUCCGUCAUAGCGACCGUAUCGGUGAGCCCGAUGACAACGGCGGUCCCAUCCUCAUCGUCAUCUGCUGCGCCCACUGCGUCAGCAGCACCGGUCACCCAGUCUCCGACCCCAGUGUCGCCCGCGCCGAGCCCCUCAGUAACCACCAGCAAGCCUGGCAAGAAGAAGUGCCCGCCCCGCCGCCGUCACAAACGCGUGCCGCGGCCGGCGCCCCCCGGCUGA